AUGGCGUACAAUUUAAGUGAAAGAUUUCCAAAAGCGACACAAUCGUACCGAAUCUUAGAUCCUGGCUCAUAUCAAAAUACAAACUCAUUAUUCAUUAAACCUAAUAAGGUACCGUUCCUCUCGAGAACUCCAAGAAACAAUUUAGCGAAUGCCAAAAUAUGGACGCAUGCUAUUUAUUAUAGUGACAUAAAACCAAAAAUUCCUAACUGUACAAGUUUUGCAUCAAAAACAUCUCGUUUCACUUUUAAAAAUAAAAAUGAUGUUGAUUUACCACCGUUACCACUUAUUUGUCAAUGUGGAAUGCAACAAAAUGUAUGUGAGUGUUCAAACGAAGUAGAUAAAACCGACCAUCAAGAGAAUAUAACGUGUCAAACUGCAGUUCGUAGACGAAUAUUUAAAGGGUCAACUCCUCGAUCUAUACGAGAAAAAUGGCUUUCAACUCCUAAAAGGAACCCAAAAGAAAAUUGUCCCCCAUUUUAUGACGUAACAGUCGAAGAAUCGAAUACUUAUUAUCGCGGAUGCAAAUGGAGCAAAUGGACGUCACAAAGAUUUGAUAAUUCAGUAUUUCAUAAUCGAAUACCUGGACCAGCAGACUAUUUCAUUGAUAGUAACCACACCAGCUAUGACCGUAUUUGUGCCGAAAAAGUUAGAGCUUUAAAGCGUAAAACUUCUAAACAGCUUCGAUUUAUUGAAAAAGUUCAAAGACAAAAUAUAUUAGAAGGUUUACCAGGGCCGGCAGAUUAUAGCCCUGUUUCACCAAGAGGUACUAAUUUAAAAUAUGUUGGUCCUAAAGCAGAAAGAUUUAUCUCACCUAAAUAUGAUGAAAUUCUAAAACCUACAACAUAUUUCAUCAAAAGAGAUUUCGAUGUAAGUCAAUUAGACUUUACGCCCUGCCUUGUAAAACUACAACCUCGAGCAGCUUUUGGUAUUAAAGAUUCCAGAUUUAAAUAUAAAUGUUUAGUGGGGCCAAGCCCAUGUAGCUAUAAUGUUAAUAAUCUUUCAUGUCAUCUGAAACAUUGUAAAAGAGCGCCGUUUGGUUCUUUUUCGAAAAGAUUUACAGAUAACUUUGGAAACGACAAACAAAACUGCGACGAUAAUGACAUUGACGAUCACAAAGAAACUAAACCUAACGUCGUUAAGCACCUGCCUACCUGGCAGUUUAAGUCAAAAACUGUUAGAAUGAAACCUUUAAUUAAAAUAUCUACGAGUAAACCAGUUGAUUUGCCUGUUCGAAACGAUUUAACCGGUAAAAGGAUGCUUCAGUUUCAGUACAUUUGUCCUUUUUUUUCAUCGGAAGCACGAUUUCGAAAUUGGUUUAAUUGGAUUCCUGUACAAGGUAGUGAAAAAACCCCAGGUCCUGGUUUUUAUCAUUUUGAAAGAAUGAAAUGUUUGCCUGCUGUAAAAAGUGGACCAAUUAGUCGCUCAAAACGUUUUACUUCCCAUGCAUCGGAUAUGCCGGCACCUAACACAUAUGAAAUGGAAAAAGGACUUGAAGAUAUAUUAACCACUUAUAAUCAAAAUUUGAAAAAAAAUAUCCAAAACAAACAUACAUAUGUUUGGAAAGGACCAGAAGAACAAAGAAAAUUAACGUUAGAAGAACAAGAGAUGAAGUUGCUUAACAAAUCUAUCGCCCUCUUAGAUGUCCCAGAUGUUUUUGAAUACAGAAAAUAUGAAAAUAAAGCAGAUGCACCACCAAAACGCUCCAAAAUGAAUCAGACAAAAUUAUUACGGUGUUUUCUAUAUACUAAUCAAGUCAAGAGAUAUUUUUAAUUUUAUUUUAAUACAGGUCCUCUGCUCAAACCAAUUAAUAUAUAAUAAA